UCAUGUCCUACAGUGCCUCCCUUGACUCUGGUGCUGCUGCUACAGUUGUGCACACAAGCAAAGGUGAUGCCACCAUCCGCUCAGAGAGAGAGAGAGACGGGACAAUAAGAAGCUGUUAAAGGAAGGAACCACCUUUAUUUCUCAUUUCCACUCUAUUUUUUUCUAUUUUGGGAUACGAGCCUGUGCGAUCCAACCAGUGCGCGUUCAUUGUAAUGUUCAAACAAGGCGGGGCUGACGCACCACAAGUAGGAUAGCGCAGACCCCGAAGAGUGCAGCUGCUGUUGUUGUUUUAGGAUAUUAGAGACAUGAAUUCGGCCGAACAGACGGUAACGUGGCUCAUAACGCUGGGGGUCCUGGAGUCUCCCAAGAAAAGCAUCUCGGAUCCAGAGGCUUUCCUCCAGGCGUCUCUGCAGGAUGGAGCGGUGCUGUGCAGGCUGCUGGAGCGACUCAGAUCCGGGACAGUGGACAAAUUUUUCCAGGAACCGAGGAGCGACAGCGAGUGUCAGAGGAACAUUACCGAGUUUAUUAAAGGCUGCGGGGCUUUCGGUGUGGAGCCUUUUGAGGUCAAUGACCUCCUGCAGGGACUGAACUUCUCCAAGGUCCUAAACUCCUUGGUUGCCCUUAACAAAGCUACUGAAGAUUUAGGUGUUUCCGAAGACAGUGAGUGUGUGCCGCACUCCUCAACAUUGAGGAUCAAGUCAUUUGACUCUCUGAACACUCAGAGUUGCUCCUCUAAAGUGCUGCAGCCUCAGUACCGCAGCCUGGACAUGUCAGAGGGCGGUGGGUGUGGCCACGUGCUGGUCAAGGCACGCUUUCCCUUCCAGCAGACCAAUGAGGACGAACUCUCUUUCUCCAAGGGCGACAUCAUCAGUGUGAGCCGGCAGGAGGAGGGGGGCUGGUGGGAAGGUUCGAUCAACGGCAAGUCUGGGUGGUUCCCCAGUAACUAUGUACGGGAGAUGAAAGGAAGCGACAAGACAUCAGACAAGCCAAAGUCUGGGGCACUGAAAAGCCCCCCCAAAGGUUUCGACACCACUAUCGUCAGUAAGACCUACUACAACGUGGUCCUACAAAACAUCCUGGAAGCAGAGAGUGAAUAUUCGAGGGAGCUACAGAGUCUCCUGGGCUCAUACCUGCGCUCACUUCACCCCACAGACAGACUCAGCAGUGUUGACAUCAGUCACAUUCAGGGAAAUCUGGAGGAGAUCUCAACCUUCCAGCAGAUGUUGGUUCAGUCCUUGGAGGAGCAUACAAAACUUUCAGAGAGCCAGCAGAGGAUCGGGGGGUUCUUCCUGAGUCUGAUGCCCCAGAUAAAGAUCAUCAAUGUGGCUUACUGCUCCAACCACCCGUCUGCUGUCAGUGUACUCACACAACACAGUGAGGAACUGGGGGAGUACAUGGAGUCAAAGGGGGCGCCAACUCCUGGGAUCCUGACUCUGACCACUAGUCUGAGUAAACCCUUCACCAGACUGGAGCGAUACCCAACACUGCUGAAAGAACUCGACAGACACAUGGAGGACCAACAUCCUGACAGAGCUGAUCUCAAUGCUUCCAUCAUUGCCUUUAAAAACUUUGCAGCUCACUGUCAGGAGGUGAGGAAGAAAAAGGACCUAGAGUUGCAGAUUUUAACAGAGCCAAUCAGAAACUGGGAGGGGGAUGACAUCAGAACCCUCGGUCCUGUUCUCCACAUGUCCCAGGCCACAGUCCACACGCAGAACUGUCAGGAGUCAAAUGAACGCUACCUCGUCCUCUUCCCUCACACUCUGCUUGUGCUCUCUGCCAGCAUGAGGAUGAGUGGAUUCAUCUAUCAGGGGAGGAUGCCACUGUCAGGAAUGCUCAUCUCCAGAAUAGAAGACGGAGAAAACCUGAGAAAUGCUUUUGAAAUAUCCGGUGGCCAGUGUGAGCGGAUGCAGGUGGCAUGUAACAGUCAGCGCGAUCUACAGGACUGGCUGGACCUUCUCACCAAACACACGCACACACCAGCCGGGCGCACACACUUGCACAAGCCUCAGUCCGUCUGUCACACAUUGCCCUCUCACCCCGCCACUCCCUCCAGACACUCAGAGUCUCGUGGAGGGAGCAUUGGACACACCUACCACACCCUUCCCCAUCCCUCUUCAUGUGGGACGGUCCACAACAGCAGCCCAACAUGGGGGCCCCUGGAGCCACUGAGUACCCCCAAACCCUGGAGCCUGAGCUGCCUACGCCCUGCACCUCCACUCCGGCCCUCGGCUGCUCUCUGCCAGAAAGAGAGUCCUAAGAACAUGAAGAAUCUGCUCCCUAAGAGGAAGCCAGAGAGGAAACCUUCAGAAGAGGACUUCACUGUCAGAAAAAGUACAGCAGCUCUAGAGGAGGAUGCUCAGAUACUGAAAGUGAUUGAGGCCUAUUGUACCAGCGCCAAGACACGACAGACACUCAACUCCAGCUCCAGCAGGAAGGAUGUACACAUGUUGUUCCCAGAGGAGGAGAAGAUUAUAGUGGAGGAGACCAGGAGCAAUGGACAAACUGUAGUGGAGGAGAGGAGUCUGGUGGACACUGUGUACAGUCUGAAAGAUGAGGUCCAGGAACUUAAACAGGACAACAAGAGGAUGAAGAGGACGCUGGAGGAGGAGCAGCGAGCGAGGAAAGAGCUGGAGAGGAUUGUCAGGAGAGUUCUGAAGAACAUGAACGACCCAACAUGGGAUGAGACUAACCUCUGAGAUCAACAUGCAUCUGAUCGUCUUUGACGAGACCAAUUUCUGACUUUUAAAUGAAACUUGUGGGGACAGAAAAGCCAAUACUUCUUGCCGAUUUUCAACAUGUCUUCACCUUUUUCACUUGCUUUGACCUUCACAGUGACCUGUGUACCAAACAGUGGACCAAGAGAAAAUGCCUGCCAGCCAUCAGCAAAGCCAUCCCAACUGACCAUAAAGCUGUGAAGCCAAAUUAGCUGGUAGGCAUGAUGACAUCACUUCCUGUCAUGCUCCUUUACUUUUUCAAACAGCCUUCUUUGGAGCACUGACAAACUAAUCCCUUUUUCUUAUUUACUUGUGUAUUUAUCUUUCAUUCCUCCUUGUGCUCAUUUGCAUUAAAGCUGGAGUGCGGAACCUUUGUCUCCCCCUUCUGGCAGCGAGAGUAAUUACACAAACACUGUCGACGCAUGCUUAUGAUGUAUGCCUACAGUGAGCUCGCCCCAGGCUCGUUUUCAGAAAUAGUUACAGAAAUACAGAGAUAUUUCCACAGUUCCAGACAAUAAUCCAUUAUUUAGGUAGAGUAAAUGUAAUAGCUACAUAGCCUGCUCCAAAUAUUUUACCAACCUGUCCAAGAGCAGUAAGGCGACGUCUGUGUCUGCCCUCAGUCUCUUCUCUCAGCGCUCUCCAACAAGGAAAAGCUAAAGCUACACCAAUGGUUAUCCCUGUUUGUCCUCGCUGUCGGUCGCUUUCUCUUUUUGACUGUAAUCCUUCCUCUGAAUGUCGAGUUUCUUUUGUAUCUGGAGCAUCAGACACUUUUCUUGGAUGCUUCUAAGGUUUUACUCCCAAGUUUCUGUAGCCUAUUCUGUCGCUAGGUUGCUCCAGAGCCAUGUAGAGAGAGAGUUGGGUCAACGCUGCGUUCAAUUUCAAUUCAAGUGGCUUUAUUGGCCUGAAUGCAUACAAUACAAUGUUGCCAAAGCAUAUUUACACAAACUAUACAAUCAUAAUAAACAAAAUUAACAAUAAACAAUGCUCAAUUACAGCAAUGGCGGAUCAUAGAGCUCAUUACAUGGCUCUAGGUUGCUCCCUGCUUCCGCUCUGGCAAACCAAUCAUUGCUGGCUGGUGUAAAACUCAUCAUUACCGGUGCACCAGCGCGGGAAUGUCACCACAGACAUCAGAUUUAAAAACUCCAGUAUACUGCAAAAUACAGAGAGAUUUACCUGGCGGUGAUAGGCUUAAUCAGCAUUGUGUGAACUUGUUUGGCAAGGGCUUUACUGUAACAGACCUUCAUCUAUAUGUAAAAGUCCCGCACUCUAGCUUUAGGUAAAAAAUGUAACGGUUGCAAGGACAGUAUUUUAAUGACUUGCCUGGUGCAUGAAUAAGAACGCUACGUGGGUUUAUAUAUUUCAGAGAGAUAUCAGAGCAGUAUGUGAAUGAAAUUCCUCAUUGAAACUUGAAGUAGACAUUUUUUUCAUAAGCAGCAAUUUUGUUUCAUUUUCAAAUGUUAAAUCAUCAUAUUAUUAUGAAAGACACCUUUACAGUUCUAUUAUAUGAUCUAUGUUAUUGAUUCACAGUCUACUAUAAAGUUGGUUUAUUUGUUAUAUCAAAUACAAAGUGUAGUAGUAGUACUACAUUUUAAACUAAACCUAAAUUUACCAGCACUUAUAAACGACCUUGUGUGUUUUACAGGAUGAGAUGAAAGUUCUCAGUGUGAUGUAAAAAUUAUUAUAGCUAUAAUGGAAUCAUCUAGCUAAACAUUUUGCGACAGACCACCAAAUUAUUUUAUGGAUCCACUGCAUUGCUUCAUGGGAUAUGUACAUUUCUGGCAAGCGAUUAUUUUGAUUAUUUUUAAGAAUAUAAUAUUUUUUGAUGGAUAACUGAGACAUGGACAAAAUCUGAGAAACUUGUUUAUUUAUUUCUUGGUUCUACUGUAACUGUUCUUCCCACUUCUGCUAACAAAUGAUUGAUGUAGGGUAAAUCUAAGAUAAACUGACUUCUGACAAUGAUCUGCUUUAGUUAGCUGAAGGGUAGAUGAUGUGAGGUAUGUGACCUUAUCAAAUCGAAAACAUCUCAAAAAUGUGUAGUUAUUGGAAAAUCGUCUUGUUAUUAAAGGGAAGCUGGAGGUAGGUUUUCUCAGGAAUUAAUGUGACCAUCAGGGAGUUUCAGCUUUCAGCUCCAGAUUAACUUCUAUUAUUUGAUUUCAUAUUCUUGCACAUGGACACUCUAAGCAAUAUUUAAAAGGUAUAGGCAACUUGAUUUAGGAUUAUGUUAUUUUCAAAUGUGAUGUACUGUGCAAAGAAUUUGAAUUCCAGACACCAGGGUAGUGUGGGCGUUUCUAUUAUUUACAAAUAAAAUCAGGAAAACCGUGGAAAUAAUGCAAAUGAGCUCAAAGGCCCACACCACAACAAAUCCAUGUGACUUAGAUUGCUAUGGCUAUAUGCAAACAUGGCAGCACAGGAAUCAGCUCCUUGGAAGUUUCAUGUUGAAAAAUCCAGCUAAAUGUACGUGUGUCCCCUGUAAUAGUCCUUUGUUCAACAAGUUCAACUUUUUCUAAACUUGUGUACCUACUGUCACCACUUUUUGCUCCAGCUCUCAUUAUUAUGAUCGUCAGAAGGAUAAACCAUAACUGUUUAAAGCAUGAGCUGAGAUACAAUCAGAUACAUUAAAUAAAUGUAUUCAUGUCUUGUAGCCGUGCAUAAUACGAUAAAUGCAUACUGUAAUAUAAAAGUAAUAAAAACUCAGAGUGGAGGAAAAUGUUAAAUGCAGCUCAAUUUAUAAAUCAACAACAACGUAAAAAGUCAAUGUGAUCAUAUAACAAUAUGGACACUAAAUAGCAUUUUGAGUUUAUAUUACAUUUUUAAUACAAUAUGCACAAUCGUCACAGUGUUAGCAGCUGCUGGGUUUCCAGAGGCAGGCAGAGGAAGCAGUUGCAGGUCAUUAGGCCAGUUUGGUUGAUUAAACUCUUUGAAUUGACUAAACAAUUAAAGUGCACUGAACUGAUAGUGAGGUGUUGGUUUGCAUUAACUUCAUACUUUAAGGAGCUAAACAAAACAUUCACAGUGAGUCAGCUUGCAGCUUUUUCUGUUUCAAGAAGUAGUCCAAGCAAUACAAACACUGGAAAAUGUUUUUUUUUUUUAUGAUUUUUACGAUGUCAAUAUGCAACUUACUGUAGAAUGAUUUCUUAUUUUUAUAUUUGUGAUUGUGUUUUUACUCUUAUCAACUGGUUUUGAUUUAUAACACUACUUACUUUCUACCUGAGCUGGUUGAUCGCACUAAAGAUGAUUUGUACAGAAAAGCAGCAUAUUUCUCAUGAACGUCAGGAGACGUGCCUUGGGGAGAAGAAUAUUUGCUUUACUAAAGUUAUUAAGUAUAAAAACUUCACCUACAAGUGAAAUAUUACUGAAUUAGAAACCACACUGAUGAAAGCCAUGUAAUACAGUAUGUCAAUUAUUGAUUCUAACUUAUGUAUUUAACUGAAAGUGAUUGAUGUAAAUGUGUUGUGUGUUCCAAUGUUAUGGUGAUGAAGGUGAUAAUAGUUACUAUGACAAGAAUCACCCCCCCUCUUAUUUAUUUCACCCAUUUGUCUGUGAAUAAAAUGUUAAAUCAAACAUGA